CUUGAUGCUCAGCCUCAGAGCGCUGCAGUUGGACUCCGGAGGAGGACGAGUCAGCAUGCCCCAUCUCCGCAUCACAGGGAUCUUUCUCUCUCUGUGUUUGGCCCGACAAGCUUGGUCACGUCUGCACCCGGAGUGUGAAUACAUGUUUCAGCUGGAGAAGGAGGAGCGCCACUGCCUUCAGUACAUUGCAGAGCAGGAAAACCGAAGCACAGAAGGUUGCCGACCAUUCUGGGAUGCAGUCACCUGCUGGCCUCAGGCCGUUGCCGGGGAAACCGUCCAGAAAGCCUGCCCUGCUGUCUUCUCUCUUUUCAAAAACAACACAGGGUCAGUGAGCCGUAACUGCACAAGCAGAGGCUGGUCGACGCUUUUCCCACCGUACCAUAUUGCCUGCAAUGUGGACGAUGACAUUCCCGAGACUGAGGAGUUGUACUUCAGCACCGUGAAGCUCAUAUACACCAUCGGCUACAGCAUUUCUUUACUGGUGCUGGCUUUUGCCGUGUUCAUCCUCUUGCUUUUCAGGAGGCUGCGAUGUUCCAGGAACUUUAUUCACAUCCAGCUUUUCAUUACUUUCAUCUUGAAAUCUGUGGCGGUCUUCAUAAAGGAUGCCACACUGUUCUCAAGUGAUGACACCAACCACUGCACCCUCUCCACAUUUGCCUGUAAGACCUCUGUGGUCUUCUGUCACUACUGUGUGAUGGCAAAUUUCUUUUGGCUCCUGGUGGAGGCGCUCUACCUCAAUUCCCUGCUGCUCUCAUCUUUCUACCACAGUCGCCAGUGUCUCUGGGGCUUCAGCCUGCUGGGAUGGGGUGUUCCUGUUGUCUUUAUAGUCCUGUGGAUUGGAUCCAGGGUGUAUUUUGAGGACACAGAGUGCUGGGACAUCAACGAGGACUCGCCUUACUGGUGGAUCAUCAAGGGCCCAAUUGUUGUUUCCAUUGCGGUCAAUUUCAUGCUUUUUGUGAACAUCAUCAGAAUCCUGAUACAGAAGCUCAACCCUCGGCUGAUCCAGUUCAAUAACUCCUCUCAGUACAGACGACUGGCCAAGUCCACCCUGCUCCUCAUCCCUCUGUUUGGAACCCACUACAUGUUCUUCAAUUUCCUGCCCGACUACUUAAACGUUAAUCUGCGCCUCUGUAUUGAGCUCUGCAUCGGAUCCUUCCAGGGGCUUCUUGUUGCUGUCCUCUACUGCUUUCUAAAUCAAGAGGUGCAGAAAGAGGUCCACAUGCAGCUUCUGAGGUGGCAGGAGAGGAGUUAUGGAGUGGUGUCGCCUGCUGUAAAGGGCAGCCAGAUGGACACGCCCUUCUGACAUCUUCCUGCAGGACUGUUGUUAACUGAAGCUUCGCACGGGAUUGCUGAUCUGGCCAGCCAUACCUAUUCACUUUUCAAAAACCCCCUGUGGUGAAAUAGGUCUGGACCACCUCCCAUGCGCAGGCAUUUCCACUGGUAUAUGAUGUACCAAACCAAACACGAUGUGGCAGGGGGUUUACGUGACGACUCAUACAGAAACACUAAAGAGUAACCAUUUAAAACGACCUAAAUGGCUGCUAAAUUGCUAAUAACUCCCUGGAUCAACACGUUUUUACUGCAAAACCGACGUUCCUCCACCACUGCAUGUGAUUUUGGAUUUUUUUGUUGAUGGUAGUCUGGUUGUCGCUCUGCCUGCAUCACUUGCUUCAUUUCACUGACUUGUCCUAUCCAAUCGUGUCCAGAAGCGAUUUCUUCUUCAUCUUUUGGCACUGUCCCCUAGAAAUCAAAGUGAUAUCCAGAGAAACAAGACUACUUCUUUGUAUCGCGAGGAAAAUAAUUAGAAUGACAGGCCAGGAUGCAGCAUUGCGUGAGUGCAUAUUUUCUCGAGCAAGCUGUACAGCACUCACGGUAACAGUCGCAACUCAUCGUCAUCUCUGCAUCACUGACGCCUGUCAGCCUACAAGCUAUUCCAACCUGCAGCGAAGUUCUGCAGCCAGAAUCUAAGAAGUGAGGUGAACAUUCGGCGUGAAAAGUUAUUAAAAUGCAAUCCCGUGACAUUUAACACAGAGACACAUUGUACAUGACAGCUUCUGCUAAUACUCAUUAGCAUCUUCCAAACUGGCACAAUGGCCACAUAGAAAGGUUGGCUUUUAGACUUCCUCUGAGCCAUUACCCGUCAAGUAAAGGAAUUAUAACUUUGCUGAGCUGGAGGCUUGGCCCAACAACUAAAUAGACAGCAACUGCAAAGCAAAAUAGGUUUUGUUUUUAUUCAGGGAAACAGGACUUGUGGCAUUUGAAUUCUAGUUUCCUCACUAUGUGGACAUAUCCUCAAAUAUCACAUUCUAGAUUUAAAUUUGACAGUCCCUCUAAAGUGUGAUACUUCAGACUUUGUUCUUGAAGCUGUAGUUUACUGAUGCCCAAAGGACUUUAGUAUUAAUUACUUUCACAUUGUCCAAUGGCACUAUUUUGUUUCAUUAAUAAUUCUCUCUGUGAAGAACACAGUAAAAUGCAAGUUCAAACCUUUUUUUUUCUUUUUAGCCUUUUUUUCACAUUAAAUUUUGGUGAUUUUAUUUAUUUAUUUAGCUAUGUGAAUCAUGCUUUGGUCAAAAUACCAUGAAGAUACAAAACCACAGCUCUCUUCUCCAGCCUGUACAGCUGUGUUCACAGCUGCUGGUUUUAAGAAGUGGAGUGAGCCAUUGAUCGCUCUGUAAGACACAGGCCCAAUCUCAAUACUCCCCCUACUUUUCUUCACUCGCCCUUCUUUUCUCCACUCGCCCUUCUUUUCUUCCCUAACCCCUAAAAAAGAAGGGGGAGAUUUUAGGGCACUUGAGAUCUAGGGCACUUGGCCCAGGUUCCUGUCCCAUUUCUCCUACUCCCCUUCGUUUUCAUCCCUAACCUAAUCAGGAAGCAGAGAGCCAAAAGCUGUUUUAAUUUCAGCUGUAGCGCUGUUAAUAUGGCACUUUAUUAAGUUUUAAUAUUUUUUCAGCUCAGUUUAUCCAAAUAACGCCUGUUAAGAAAUUUGACCCGAUGUUUUCGAGAUGAGAAGAGCCGCCGCCCCCGGGGAGCAGCCUCAGCUCACAGCCCGAAAACAGACGUGUCCGCCGGGUCAAGCUGCUGCGUCGUCCCGGGAGAGAAACUCCCGGCAGCUCUGUUGAGAAUUACGCUGGCUGAAAUAAAUCAUUUAGGAAGAUGUUGGUUUAAUAGAUGAAAUCUAACAGUUGUAGCUACGCCUGUUAAGAAAUUUGCUCCGAAAUUUAGAGAUUUCUGUCUGCCGGCUCCGGAGUUUGGGUCCGCGUUAAAUCGACGCAGAGCCUACGGCGUAGGGUACGGCGUAGGGUACGGCGUAGGGUACGGCGUAGGGUACGGCGUAGGGUACGGCGUAGGGUACGGCGUAGGGUACGGCGUACGGCGCGCGUCGCCGCGUACAUCGACGCAGACCUUACGCCGUAGGUUACAUAACCUACGCCGUAGGCUCUGUGUUGGUGUAACGCGGAACCAUAAAUCCCUUUAUUCUGGCGUGUUCUUCAGCAACUUUAUCUGAAAGUGUGUAAAUUACCCAGAUAACAGCUGGAUUACUUUGUGGUUUCUGAAGACUAUUAUAUCAGAAACAUCCAAAACAAAUCUGACGAGUCACAGGAUUAUUUCUCUGUAUUUCUCUGAGACGAGUCUGCCUGUUUGCCUUCGGUCGGCGAGUCAAAUCGACGCAGAGCCUACGGCAAAAGCAUUCUGGGAAAUUUUCAUACCCACUCGCUCGCCAAGUGAGCAUCUGAAAUCCCUCGAUUUGAAGGGGCUAUUCUCAGCCCCUAGCCCUCGUUAUGCCCCCUCCCCCUAGGUGAAAAGAGGAAUUGGGACACCACUACCUUCACGGGAACGCGCAAAAGUUAGGGUUAGUGAAGAAAACGAGGGCGGGGGGGAGUAUUGGGACGCAGCCACAGUCUCGUCUGGAGUCGUGCCUUGAACGAGCACAAAAACACGUAAUAGCCAGUCACCAGUUCGUGAGCAUGUAGUUCCUUUGUUGCACAGAGACUCAACGAAUGUCAGGCUUCACUGCUGCUCCACUCCAAUGUGUUUUGUUAAACUGAUCUUUAAAAACGUUUGCUCAUGUGGGAAACAUUUCAACUGACUUUGUUUCUGUAAUCGAGGACCAUUGCCCUGCAGUGUACAGAGAGUUAAACGUCAUUUGGGAGAGGGACAAAUGGAUUUAUGGUUAUUUCACACAGUGCCGGUAGAACAUUAUUAUUAUUGUAAGUUACUGUAAGUGAACAAUAUAACUGCAAAUCUAAUAAUGAAAUAAAGCAAAAACACUGAAAAAAGUCUUUGGACUUCCCCAUUUUGAGGUACAGCAAAAGCAGGAUGACUUGAAAUGGAUGGCAGAGAUAAAGAAGAAGAAGUUUGGAUAAGUUGUUCCUGGUCUGGGUCCUGGAUUGCCCUGAAAGUCUGACCGCUUCACUGAUGUAAAUAAUUUCAGACUCCAUCUACCCCAGACAUCGUAACAGGAACCGAUCUAUGCUGGAGUUUUGGAGCUGGUUGUUCCCUCCUGCAUUACCACUGCCAGCUGCUUUUCAGCAGAGAACUUCAUUAUUUCUUGUUGUAAUAACUCAAAAGGAUUUCAAAAAUAUUAUUAUUAUUCACGCCAAUAUGCUGUACAGUGCUAACAGCUGCAUGAGUUUUUAAGAGACUGUGAAAAGCCCUUCUCUUUUUGGUUUGCACAAGUUUUAAAACCAUCCGUAUUUAUUUUUCAGUCUUCACACAAACAGAGCACAGUGAUCUUAAAAGUAGAAGGAUUAAACGAUUAAGCCAUUGUCUGUUUAGUGGAACUUAAAAAACAGAAAAAAAUGACUAUCAGCCAUAGAAUAACCAAUGUUGGUUGACUUCUAGAUAAUAUGUCCACAAACUAAAACCACACAAUGUUCUGAACAAAAAAUACUCUCCAAGCAAAGGUUAGUUUUUGACACUUAAUGGAGACUGUCUCUCCCAGAUGUUUCACAUGAUAAUAAUUAAUUUCCUUUAUUUUGUGUGACCGAGCAUUAAGGCUGGAAAAUAAAUAUGGAUGUAAUCAAAAGUUACAAAACAAGACUAUGGGAGCAUAAAUCAGUGCGAUCCUUAGAUCUGCUCCGUCUGUGAUUUGUAUUACAAUGAUGUUUAUUCAGUGUACGUAAUGUAUUGCCUUAAACUGAAUGUAUAAUGUGUUAUUGUCGGCUCUUACCGUCACUGCCCUUUUUAGGUUUGGGUGAUGAAACUUCAUGGGGCCUUUUUGUGGUGUUUUAAUGGUUUGUGAAAUAACAUC